AUGGCAAACUUUGUCCCUCAGGAUCAACCUGAAAUCACUAUGGACUAUGUAAAUAUACCUAAUUCUUCAGCCAGGAGCUCUAGUGAUGACGGUAGAGGGACUGCUGCAGUGCCCGGUAGAAGACUGUACAGAGUGGUUGGUGUGAGCUUUGGACUCCUGUUCAUCCUACAAGCUGCUCUCAACAUUUCCCUGCGCCUCUGUGAUGUUUCUGCUCUUUCAGACAGCUCUGACAGUAAGACACCAGAUACAGAAGCCGGCUGCACAAACCUUAUUCAGGAGACUGCCAAGCUGAAGAGAGAACUGACUGACUUUGAUUACUAUUUGCAACAAGGAUGGGUGUAUUUCCGCCACAGUUUUUAUUUUGUUUCUACUACCACGAAAUCCUGGCAGGACAGCAGAGAUGACUGUCUGCAGAGAGGUGCAGACCUGGUGAUUAUCAACAGCAAAGAGGAACAGAAUUUCAUAGGAAAAUUCGGCAGGGUCUUGUGGAUUGGACUGACUGAGAGAGAAGCCAUGGGGAUGUGGAAAUGGGUUGAUGGGACGCCGCUGACCGAAAGCUACUGGAAGCCUGGGGAGCCAAAUGAUUUUUUGGGCAACACUGAAGACUGUGUAGAAAUGGAGGACAGCUGGAAUGAUAUACCGUGUAAAAAUCAAAACUUCUGGAUCUGUGAAAAGAUGAUGUCUUUAUAACUCAGCAUACGAAACCAUGGAGAGCUGAAAUUCAAUUCAUGUUUGAUCUGGCAUAGGUGUUUCUAGCCCAUUUUUGGGGGUGCUGAAACCUGCCUAAAUUGAAUCCCAGCACCCCUAAAAUUUAAGAGAUUUUUUUUUUUUUUUUUUUUACUGUAUGUCCUUUUUUUAACAAGCUAGAAAAGUGUCAAAAACAUAUAGUACUUGGUUGAAACAUAAUAUAUCCCCCCCCUGCCUCAAAAAUGGUUUGAGCCACCCCAUCCCUCUCACCUUUCCCCGACUCGGGCUCUGAGAGCUCUAUCUGCACAGAGCAAUGUGCUGCCUUCCAGUGUGCGUAAUAUGCAGUAGUGGUGUAAGUACCUGGCUUAAACCAGGGUAUGUGGCACAUUUCUUAACUUCUACCACUCAAUACCAACACAUUAUUAUCAUUACCAGUCCUCAUUUUUGCUGCAUUUAAUCGUAGGUCACUGUUUAUGUUGUUAGGUAGGAGUUAGCUGA